UCUCACCAGAAGGAAAAUGCUGCAAAUACAGGGAAGCACCUGGUGCAAAACUCUGUCUUGGGCUGACUUUACAGAAGGAAAAGACCUUGGGUGUCUUCUGAGGAGAGUUAUGGCAUACAACCAGGAGCUUGUAGACAAGACCUCUGUCAUCAAGUUCAAGGGCCAGGAUUUUAACUCCUUGAGGGAUCGCUGCCUACGAAGAGGUCUGCUAUUUGAGGAUGACACAUUCCCUGCUGAGCUUUCUUCCAUUGGCAUGAAGGUGCUCCAGAAGACACCCCUCCCCAGCCUGUCGUGGAAGCGGCCAAAGGAAUUAUUAGCUGGUAACUCAGAGCCUCACUUCAUCCUGGAAGGUGCAAGUAGAUUUGACAUCGAACAAGGAACUGCAGGAGACUGCUGGUUCCUGGCAGCCCUGGGCUCCUUGACACAGAACCCACAUCUUCUGCAGAAGAUCCUGAUGGACCAAAGCUUUUCCUAUCAGUAUGCAGGGAUUUUCUGUUUCUGGUUCUGGCAGUGUGGCCAGUGGGUGGAAGUGGUGGUUGAUGAUCGCCUGCCUGUCGGGACCAACGGGUGCCUCUUUGUGCACCCUCUCAACAACAACCAAGAGUUUUGGCCCUGCCUGCUGGAGAAAGCCUAUGCUAAGUUACAUGGGUCCUACGAGAACCUGCACUUCGGCUACAUCGCUGAUGCCUUCGUGGACCUCACAGGAGGAGUGGUCACUUGCAUCGACCUGCACUCCACCUCUUCCAACCUGCUAACGAUGGUGAAGACAGCUGCCAAGGUGGGAUCCCUGAUGGCCUGUGCCACGCCGGCGGGGCCAACAGGUGAGGACGUGGAAAUGGAGAAUGGCCUGGUGAGUCGGCAUGCCUACACAGUGACUGGAGCUGAGCAGAUUCAGUACAGGAGAGGCUGGGAAGAUCUUAUCCAGCUGUGGAAUCCUUGGGGGGGCCCCUUUGAAUGGCGAGGGCGCUGGAGUGACAGGUCUCUGGAGUGGCAGGAAACCCAGGAUCCGCGGAAAAGCCAGCUGCAUGAGAAUAAGAACAAUGGCGAAUUUUGGAUGUCAUUCCGAGAUUUCCAAGAGAAUUUCUCCUGUUUGUUUAUAUGUAACCAAUUUCCAGUCAACCUGGACCAUGGAAACAUGCCGCAUGAAAGGUGGUCUCAAAUGGCAUUUAAGGACCACGUUGGACCUCAGGAGAAUAGACAAUACAUCUUCACGGUGCCAGAGAGCACAGAAGACAACAAUGUCAUCGUGUCCUUCAGCAUCAUGCCACAAAGUUUAAAGGCAAACGAAUUUCCACUAAGCUUCCAUGUGUACAAGGUCGACCCUCAGUUCCUGCAGUUUGGGGAGAUAUUGCCAUCCACCUUUUAUUCCCCAUUCCGAACACCUUGCAACGGCAUAAAGAGUAAAACCAAGUGGAACUUCACAAAAUGUUUCACUCUGAGUCCGGGGACGUAUGUGGUGGCCGUAUCUGUGUGGAAAGAAGUUGAGUUCUUGCUCCGAAUCUUCCAGAAAAUGCCAGACAAUGACAGGAACCUGGGCAGCAAUUUUAACCUCGGAACAUUGAAGGCACGUCUUCCAGAGAACGGCUCCCAACAAAGCAUGUUCUACAAAUAUGCUCAGCAGGGACAGAACAUCAAUGCUGCCCAGCUUCAGGGCCUUCUCAACCAGGAAUUCCUGAAAGGACGUCCAGGGGAUACAUUCUCCUUGGAUGAGUGCCGGAGCAUCGUGGCUCUAAUGGAUCUGAAAGUGAAUGGACGGCUGGACCAAGGGGAGUUUUCAAGACUGUGGACCCGUCUCGUCCACUGCCAGAGUGUUUUCCAGAACAUCCAGAAGAACUCUGGGGUUUUCCUGAGCUCAUAUUUGCAGGAGGCCGUAAAGAAUACAGACUUCCUCGCAGGGAUCUCCAUCAGCAAUGAGCUGCUAGAUCUCAUGAUCCUCCGGUACAGCGACAGCAGCGGCAGGGUCAGCUUCCCCAGCCUGGUCUGCUUCCUGAUGCGGCUGGAAGCCACGGCAAAGACUUUCCAGAACCUUUCCAAGGAUGGAAAAGGACUCUACCUGACAAAAAUGGAGUGGAUGAACCUGGUGAUGUACAACUGAAGCCAGGAGUAGAGCUGACCCCAGAGUCCAGGACCAGCUCCCACUGAUCACUCAAGAAUCUGCUUCCAUUCCAACAGAAGGGCUGUGCUGCCUUCUGUGAGUGUGAAACAAAUGACACCUGCCCUGCUGGAAAUGUAGUCGAAGCCACCUUCAAGGAACCUGGGCCAGGUCCUCAGCUGGGUCAGGCUCUGGUAACCCCCAGGUCACAGAGAAGUUCAUCUGAGCACUACAAGACACCAGCCUGGAAUCACCGGGAAAAUUAAGCAGGAGAUGUUCCACUGUGGGAAAGAAGGGGAGAAGCUGUAUCUCGCUCCCCUCCCACCAGUCCCAUCCAUUUCUUGGAAAAGCCAGAAUGAGCCAGUCUGCCUACGCACAAGAUUCUCUGGGUGACA